UCAGUUGAAAGAACAAACAAAUUCACAUUCAGCUUGUGCAAAUAAUCAACUAUGACAGAUUAGUAUUAUAGUAACACCAAAAUAUUCUAAUUUUAAAAAGUGAUAUUGCCACUAUCGAGUGCAUAAUCCAGCCAUUUUACAUCAUCAGUGUUUCAAUCAUCAGUGCUUCCUUUAUUAAAGUAACUUUUCUCAUUGAACUCCGUAGAGUGGGCUCGCGCUAAUAGAUGGCCCAUUAACAGUGUUUAAAGUACUUACAACAAGUCAAUGGGGCUAUAAUGCUUUAUGUUAUCUGAUUAUCAAUUAAUUAAUAUGAGUUAACAAUUAAAAGACCAGAGUGAGGUUUUUAGUUCCCCAUUUAAUGUGUUUUACUGGGGUUGUUGAGUCUUGGUUUCAUGAAAUUCAUGAAACAUGCCUUAAAGUAAUAAAAAUGGAGAAGUCACGAUCACUAAAAUAAAUUGAAUCCCUGAAUAGCCAAAGAAGGAAGUGAGAGAUGGUACAGAUCGUGAUAAAGCCCAGGGCAGUGAUCUCAGAUGCAGAACUGGGUUGAAAUUAAAAGCAAAACAAUUAUAACAUUUGAGUAGAUACUUUUUCAUGGGAUUGGUUCAUGAGAGUAAAAAUUGAAAAAUAUACAGUUUAUGUGAGAGUAGUUUGGACAUGGUUUAGAAAAUAGGAAUAAAAAAUUAUGAUUUAUGAUGAUUAAUACAAUAGACUUCCCCAACAUGCAUGAUGGGACAAAAGUCAGAUUUUGUGUGUAACACGGUGGAUGUGUAGUGUAUUAAAAGUGGAAUGGAAACUAGACAUCUCUCACCAGAGGGAAAUGACAGAUGCACUGCCUAAGCUUGGAAAUAUUUGUCACAUUAUUUGCAGGUCUGACCCCGAGUGGAUGAAAUGGAGUCUUUAAAAUGGCUUCUGGUUUUUGUGUUUCUGUCCUUCAAAGUUAUUCAAACUGAAACCUCAUCUUGGACCAUUAAGGUACCAUCCUCUGUUAAAGGUCUCCUUGGAUCUUGUGUGGUGAUUCCCUGCUCAUUUAACUACCCAGAUCCAGGGAAGACUGUCAGUGCAUUCACUGGGAUGUGGACCGACGCAUCAAAUCACCUCAUCUGUCACACUGAUGUGUCUAAAAUAAUGCAGCAGUAUCGGAAUAGGAUAAAUCUGGUGGGAGACGUCCGACAGAAGAACUGUUCACUGAAGAUUGAUCCCCUUCAACAAAGUGACCUUCAACAAGGGCCUUUUCAUUUCAGGAUUGAAAUAGAAGGCUAUGAUAAAUAUUCUUGGAAAGAGCACACAGUCUCCAUUACAAUGAGUGAACCAAAUCCAAUUACUUUCUCUAUGGAAGAGGAGGUAGUGGAGCAUCAAAAUGUGUCUGCAUCCUGCUUUGUGUCUCACUCCUGCCCCGCCUCUCCUGAAUUUACCUGGAGUCACCCUGGAGAGGAACAGGUCCAACUUCUUCAGCUUGAAGAUGGCCAGUGGAAAACAACAUCUAAUUUGACCUUUCGAGCUACCAGCGCUGAUGACAAUAAGUCUUUACAAUGCACCGUAACAUACAAGGGUGGCCAGAAACAGAACAAAUCCAAGUUCCUCAAAGUAAAAUACACCCCUAAGAAUGUGAAGGUUGAGUAUAAGUCAGAUGCAAAGGAGGGAGAAGAUGUGAGGCUUAAAUGCUCCAGUGAUGCUCACCCACCUGUCGACAGUUAUGUGUGGUAUAAUGAAACUGCUGACCGGGUGUAUGAAGGAGAUAUCUACACGCUGCAAAAUGUUUCAAGAAACACAGGGGCCCUGUACUGUACUGCCAGCAAUGCAUUAGGACAAGGCAAAUCAAGCUCUGUGCUGAUCAAUGUGUUAUAUGCCCCUGACUUUAAGACAUCUUCCUGCUCCUCAGAGGCAGAUAUGGUAAAGUGCGUGUGCACUGUGGAGUCUAGGCCUCCCAGCAUGGUUCAGUUUGUGCUUUCUGACAGAGUCCUGCCAAUCACCAAGGUAGAGAAACAUGACUCUGUUACCAUCGGGACUCUGCAGGCAAAGUUGGGAUCUUUUGAGUUUGUCUUCUGUCUGGCAAACAACACGCAGGGCAAUGCAAACCUCUCGCUCUCUUUACCUGUUGACAGUAAUAUGCAGACUAUUGUUAUCAUCGCUGCUGGAGCAGGCGCGGUUGUGGUGAUACUUUUAAUAGCUGUGUGUGUAGUUGUUAAAAAAAGUAGGGGGAGAUCUGGAGAUGCACCAACACCUCACAUGAGCAACAUAAAGGCAGACAAAGAUGUGGAUCUGAAGUAUGCUGCAACAACAAGAAAAGAGAAGAACUAUGAUGACGCGUAUUGCCCUGAGGUUUAUGCUAAUGAUCAUGUAUAUGGCAACAUGGAGGUAUGUCAAGUUGUCCUUAUUCACUCAUUAUUUCCAUGCAUGAAAGAACCGAAUGAGUUAGUCUUGUUUCCUAUACAGACUGACGAGGAUGACGCAAUAUACGCCAAUGUGUAACAUGAACAAGAACAGCGUUGGAUUCAGUGGAAGAACAGCUACAGUCCUUAUGUGUGUUGUCUAACUGAUGUGGAUCACGAAAAUUGUAAAAAUAAAUAUAUACUAUAUAUACUAUAUAAAUAUAUAAAUCUAUAUAGUAUUAUUUUUCUGUAUCCUGUAAUUCACGUAUGUUUUUUUUAAAAAAGUAACAACAAAACAAAAAUAACUAUAUACAAUGCAUUUGUGUUUGCAGUUAUUGUUUCUCCAGAAUUUUUCCUGACUGCUUGUCUGAUAUGUGUUGAUAAAAAAACAUUUAUUAAAGUAAAUAACAAAACA